AAACACUUAGCACGUGCCCGUCGGCGCCCUGUGAUUGGAUGGCUGCUUGACUCGGAGGAUCACUGGAUCAUUGUGCUGAGAUCAGCUUCCCACUUCCUGGUAGCAGCGCUUGUCAUAUGAUUAGGGAUCAGCCGCGGACGUUCUGUGGAGCUCAUUCGUCGCCUCAGACCUGCAGGAACAAUGUCUGCUGUGGUGAAGCUGGAAGAUUGUCGAGAGCGGAUUCGUAAGGAACUGGACAACGUAGUGAACUUCUGGCUCAAACACUCCCAUGACGCCGUGCACGGGGGCUUCUUCACCUGCAUCGGGAGAGAUGGGAAGGUUUAUGAUGAGCUGAAGUAUGUGUGGCUGCAGGGCCGACAGGUGUGGAUGUAUUGCCGCCUGUACAGGACCAUGGAGCGCUUCCACAAGCCUGAAAUCCUGGACGCAGCAAAAGCCGGUGGAGCGUUCCUUAGGAAGUUUGCGCGCGUGUCCACGAGCAGCGGUCAGUGGAAAUGUGCCUUCUGCCUAACGAGAGACGGUAAAGCAGUCAAAGUUCAGAGGACCAUAUUCAGCGAGUGUUUCUACAUCAUGGCCAUGGAUGAACUGAGCAGGGUCACCGGUGACAGCGACAUGCAGCUCGAGGCUGAACAGAUGCUGGAGCAGUUGAUCUACUGGGUCCGGGUGGACUCAUCAGGACUGGGCCGGUCCCAGCUCCCUGGGAACGCUCCCACCAACAGCAUGGCGGUUCCUAUGAUGCUGUUGUGCCUGGUGCAGCAGAUCACCGAAGGCCGCAAACCCGAGGUGGUUCAGAAGUACAGGGAGCUGGGCCAGUGGUGUGUACAGCAGAUUCUGCAACACGUACAGAGAGACGGCUCUGCCAUUUUAGAGAACGUUUCGCUGGACGGAGCAGAGCUGCCGGGUUGCCAGGGUCGAGUGCAGAACCCAGGACAUGCACUGGAAGCGGGCUGGUUCCUGAUUCAGUACAGUGCCGAGUGGGGGGACGAGCAGCUUCAAACGACUGCCAUCAGCAAGUUCGUGGACCUCCCUUAUCAGUGUGGGUGGGAUAAGGAGCACGGGGGCCUCUUCUACUUCCUGGAUGUGGACGGGUUUUGUCCCACACAGUUGGAGUGGAGCAUGAAGCUGUGGUGGCCUCACUGCGAGGCGCUCGUCGCCUUCCUAAUGGCCUACAGUCGAACCAAGAAGCCGGAACUGCUGCAGAGCUUCUCCAAAGUUUAUGAAUACACCUUUAGUCAUUUUCCUGAUGCUAAGUGUGGUGAGUGGUUUGGAUAUUUGACACAGGAAGGAAAAGUAGCGCUGGAUUUCAAAGGAGGCCCCUUUAAAGGGUUCUUCCAUAUUCCACGCUGCUUGUAUAUGUGUGAGCGUAUUCUGGAUGAUCUCCUAGCAAACAAGGACUGAACACUCCUGUAAAUGUUCAUGACAAUGAGACUGAGUCUGAUUCGUGGGUUUAUUCACAAAAUCAAACCCCAACAAUCAGGUUUAAAGCAUAAUUGCACUUAUUGUUAAUACGCUUUGCUGCAGAACUACUUUAAACAGUGGAACGGUUCUUGUUGCAUCUGUAACUGCUUUACAGUUAUAAUCUCUGAGUUUUAAUUACAUGAUCUGCUAUGAGACAAAUGGUCAAAGCUAUGGAGAGCAGGAGAGGAUAGCUAACGUAGAGGUUCUGCAUCUGGGCUGGUACUGAGAGGAGGUGGAGGUGCAUGCUGGUUAGUUUUCGGUUCAACUUGAUCCCAGUUUGCUCUGACGUCAUGCAAACAUGAAUCAGCAACAUGAUGUUUCAUGGAAAUGUU